GUAGUUGACCCACUCCCAACGUCUUCGCCUAUGAGUAGAAUUAAAACCUGUUCUGGACUUCGAAAAGAAGCAGCUGACAAGAGGAAACGUGAGACGGAGGAUGACUCUGCUGGUGCUGCCCAAAUGGCCCCCACUGCCAAACUCCAGAAGUACAAACAUGAGCUGGAGCUGGCUAAAAUGAAAAUAACAUGUCAGGAAGACUUGAUCAAAGAGCUAACCAAAGAGAGAGAUUUCUUAAAAGAACAACUGUCGCAGGCAUCAAGAAACCAACCAACAACAGACAUGAGAAAUGACGAGCCAUCCCCUGAGGCAUCAGCUGCAACAGCUUCUGAUUUUUCUGGAUUGUCUGAGUCAAGUUACUCAUUCUCUACUGACCCCUCCUCAGACUCCUCAGUUUCCUCAAGCUCUCCAACCUCAGAUGAUGGCAACAAGAAGAAGCAGAAGACGAAGAGGUCAAAAAAGAACAUGAAGAAGAAGAAGGGAAAGAAAGGAACAAGGGAGAGAGGAAGCAAAAAGAUCAGAAGGAGUUUUAAGGGGUAAUUUAUGUAAAUUAAAACUAAGAUAGAAGAUAGAAGAUAGUUACUGACUAUUUAUUUUUGAGUGUCACUUAAUGUUGUCAGUUUGAAUAAAGAUGAUGCUUUAUGUAGUCCAACUAUGUGCAAAUUAGGCUGGGACACUGUUGUGACUGUUAGGCUAUGCCUGCUGAAUGAUAUUAGUGUGCAUAGUUAGUUUACAUCAUGAAUGGUUUAAGGUUGUUGAAUGGACGAUCAUUUCUGUCACUGAUACUUAUAUCUACUCUCUUUCUUCUUGAGAUGAGGUAAUUGCACGUUACCGAAAAGUGUUGAAGGUCUACAAGAAGAAGCAUAGCAUCAUUGCUGCUUGCAAAAUAGUGGGAGUGGAUCGCAACACAAUUGCCUUGAAUGCACCAAUUGCAGAGCUUUACAUUGCUGCCUCAGAAAAGUUUGCAGAGUUGAAAGAUCAGCAUACAAGAAAGCACAAGCUUGGUGAUUUUGCGGGGAAAUGUCUUGAUGCCAUCCAGAUAUUGCCAAUACAGUUACGGCACUUAUGAAAUCAGGGAAACUGUUGCCCGUUGGUAAGGGGAACUAUUGAAUAGCUUUUGAAGCUAAUGGACCAUGUUUAAAAAGCAAAAGAGCGGUUGCUUUGUGAAAUGUUUAAAUGUUAAAUGUUCUGUGGAAUUUUAAAAAACAAAUCCACCUCAGUGUUCUGUUGCACUUUACAGAAUUGCACUUUUUGUGUUUAUUGAUGUUUUGUAUAAUAUGCCUUAAUGUUUGAAGGUGCUAGAAGGUGAACUCUUUUUUCCCAAAUGCCUAUUUUAGAUGACGUUUAUACAUUUAAUUUUUUAAAACAAAUCACCCUCAGUUUUAUGUUGCACUUUACAAAAUUGCACUUUUUUUGUGUUUAUUGAUGUUUUGUAUAAUGUCUUUAAUGUUUAAAGGUGCUUGAGGUGUACUCCUUGUUUAUUUUUUCCCACAAUGCCUGUUUUAGUUGACUUUUAUACAUUUUUAGUAAAAUGUCCUUUUCUUUGACAGCCACAGCAAUAAAUGGCAAG